UACCACAAUUGGUGCAUCGCUUGUUCCCGAACAGUGAGAGUCCUUGCACUUCGAAACUCACAACAAGUAGUCGCAGUAGAAGCGGCAGUAGCGCUACAGAACUGCCAAGAAGUGCGGAAAGUAUGGAACGCUUACAGAACCUGAUUCGUAGUAUGCCCAACGGGAUGGGCGGUGACGGUCCGGGCGCCGACGUGCCUCUUGCGGAUUGUGCCGAAAAGAUUCACGUCUCGUCCCUCGCGUUACUUAAAAUGCUGAAACACGGACGCGCCGGAGUGCCUAUGGAAGUCAUGGGACUCAUGCUGGGUGAAUUCGUGGACGAUUACACCAUUAAUUGCGUCGACGUUUACGCCAUGCCGCAAUCCGGAACCACGGUUUCUGUGGAAGACAUCGAUCCGGUCUUUCAGACCGAAAUGACGGCCAUGUUGAGGCAAACGGGGCGUCCCGAAGACGUCGUCGGGUGGUACCAUUCGCAUCCCGGCUUUGGUUGCUGGUUGUCGAGUACCGAUAUCAAUACGCAGACCGCCUUUGAACUGCUCCACCCCCGCUGCGUGGCGCUCGUCGUGGAUCCCAUUCAAUCCGUCAAGGGCAAAGUCGUCAUUGACUGCUUUCGCCUCAUUAAUCCACAAGCACUCAUGAUGGGACAAGAACCUCGUCAGAGUACCUCCAAUAUCGGGCAUUUGCAAAAACCCUCGAUCCAAGCCUUGAUACACGGAUUGAACCGACACUACUACAGUAUCGUUAUCGAUUACCGCAAAAAUGAGCUGGAAGAACAAAUGCUGGGAAUGCUACACAAGCGCAAUUGGGCGUCUUCGCUGCAAGUGGAGCCCUUUGAAAAGCACGACGCAACGUCCAAUGACCUGCUGUCCCGUAUGCUCAAGUUGACGCAAACCUACAACGAACGGGUACAGGAAGAACAGGGCAAAACGGAAGCACAAGUGUUGGUCGAUAACGUGGGAAAAGUCGACCCCAAACGACACUUACAAGCGUCCGUGACGGAACUCAUGAACGUCAAUAUCAUCCAAUGCCUAGGAACCAUGCUGGAUACGGUGGUAUUCUAGUAUUCCAUCCAAAAAUGCGGAAUAGUAACAUAAAACGUUCCUUACACCAAACCACUGU